UCGAGUAAUCGUUGCUGGUCAAGCUGAGCACAAACACAGGAAACGGGGAGAAUCUGCCAGCACAGAUCUAUCAAAAGAAGAAAAUCCAUCCCCAGCAAACCAAGUACCAUAAAUCCCCUGAUACUGCCGCUUUGAAGUGUCAUAAAUUAAAAGCUAUGUGACUUUUUUAUCUCCCCUCUGUGUUACUGCAGAGAUAACCGGCAAUUAGAAAGCAGGUUUGGCGUCUUGCUCAAGAAAACACGUAACCUGUGACCUUCGAGGGUUGGAGGCUGAGUCUCUGAAAAGAAGGUCAGCUCGACACCAGGACGGCCAUGAGCCUCUGAGUUGUCUUUUAGCCUCAAAACCGCUGGAUUACAACCAGAUCCUGCCCAAGAGAGCAAAGACAAGACCAGAAGAAACAGAAUGCUGGAGGGAUGGAGCAGAGCGCUGAGGAACUAUCACAGGCUGGCCAUGAUUGUUCUCUCGCCUCUGCUGCUGCUUCCUCUUCCUCUUGUCAUCGGGACCAAGGAGGCAGAAUGUGCCUUUGUGUUGCUGCUGAUGGCCAUCUUCUGGGUGGCCGAGGUGAUUCCUCUGCCCGUGACCGCCAUGUUCCCCGCCAUCUUGUUCCCCGUGUUUGGCAUCAUGAAGUCAUCGGACGUGGCGAAGGAGUACUUUAAAGACUUCCACUUCUUGCUGGUGGGGGUCACCUGCCUCGCCACGUCCAUCGAGAAGUGGGGUCUCCACCGCAGGAUCGCCUUGAGGCUCGUCCUCAUGGUGGGAGUCAACCCUGCAUGGCUGAUGUUGGGCUUCAUGUCCGGCUGUGCGUUUAUCUCCAUGUGGGUCCAAAACACGUCGGCUGUUACCAUGGUGAUGCCCAUCGUGGAGGCUGUUCUCCAGCAGAUCCUGAAGGCCAAGGAGGGGGGAUGUGCCGGUGAAGACAACCCCACCCUGCAGCUGGACGAAACUGACGGCCAUGUUGAAAAGAUGAAAGAAUCUGUGAGGUACGUGAGGGAUGGUUCACUGCUGCUCGGUCAUCACUGCUGUCCUCUCCUGGUGCCUUCACUGUCCCUCUGUGGUGUUUGUGCUGUUCUCACUGUAUUCCUCUUGUACCUCAGUGGCCAGCGGUGUUCAGAUGCUCCUGAAGAGACGGUCACUUGUGUCCAGAUGCAGACCGCGUCGCAGCCCGCUGCAGCUCAGGUUGCUGCAGCUCCCAGCAGGAGCAAACAGGACCUGAUGGUUUGUAAAGCCAUGUGCAUCGGCUUGGCGUACUCCUCCAACAUCGGAGGCAUCAGCACGCUGCCCGGCACGUCGCCCAACCUCAUCUUCUCUGAGUACCUCAACCAGAUUUACCCGAACUGCAGCUGCAUUAACUUUGGGAACUGGCUGCUGAUGUGCCUGCCCAUCAGUGUGAUCAUGCUGCUGCUGACGUGGAUGUGGCUUUACUGGCUCUUCAUUGGCUCAGACCUCGGGUUCCCGUGGCGACGUGGAGGAGAGCAGUCUGAGAAAGACAGAGCAGCAAGAAGCGUGAUAGAAGACGAGUACAAGCGGCUGGGACCGAUGAGCUGUCAGGAGGUGUUCACCGCUGUGGUUUUCCUGCUGAUGGUGCUGUUGUGGUUGACCAGGUCUCCAGGUUUCAUCCCGGGCUGGGCGUCCCUCUUCCCUCACCACUCGGGCCACAUCACCGACGCCACCGUGGCUCUGCUGCUGGGCCUCCUCUUCUUCAUCCUGCCUGCCUACGGACCCUCCACAAAAUAUGAGGCUCUGAUCUCCUGGGCGGAGUUUCAGGCCGUCAUGCCGUGGAAGGUGGCCCUGCUGGUGGGUGGAGGCUUCGCGCUCGCUGAAGGCACAAAGGAGUCAGGCCUGUCUUUGUGGGUGGCCGAGCUGCUGACGCCUCUGGGUGAUCUGCCGGUAUUUGCCACCAUCACGGUCGCCUGCAUCAUCGUCACCACGGUAACAGAGGUGGCCAGCAACGCCGCCACCAUCACCAUCUUCCUCCCCAUCCUGUCUCCUCUGGCGGAGGCCAUCCACGUCAACCCGCUGUACGUCCUGAUCCCCACCACCCUGUGCACGUCCUUCUCCUUCCUGCUCCCAGUGUCCAACCCGCCAAACGCCAUCGUGUUCGCCUACGGACACAUCAGCAUCACGGACAUGGUGAAGGCGGGGCUCGGCGUCAAUGUGAUCGGCGUCCUGGCUGUCCUGUUGGCCGUGGCCACGUGGGGAGUCCCCUUAUUCUCUCUGGACGUGUACCCUGACUGGGCGCCGGUGCUUCCUGAGUUCAACUCCACAGCACCGUGAUGAAGGCUCCUCGUCCCUCAGGACGUCUUGAGGGCGUCUUCAGGGCGUCU